CCUACCCUGCAUCAGAUCUGCGAGCCCCCCGGGUCAGGACACCGCACCCCCGACCACUUCCUACCCCGCGGCGAUGCUCCCACCACCGACCACCGACGACCCAGCUGCAGUGCCUCUACCCCCGACCACGAUCUACGUGGUGGCGUCUUGCUGGUGCUCGUGCGACAUCGCUCGCCGCCACCGGACCCCGUCAAGGCACCCCCAGCGGAUCCGGCAGCCAUGGACCCGUCGAGGCACCCCUCCACUGGAUCCAGCCGCCACAGACCCGGGCACAGCCAUUAGCAUCGGAUCCGACCGCCGCCGCCACAGCCACGACGGCCAUCUGUGCGUGAGCACCUUCGGCGUGGGGGCGAGCCGGGAACCGCCACGCCUUGCUAUUCAGGCGCGCCGCCUCCUCCCCUGCUUUGGUGCACCACCCCCUUCCCCCCAUGCGUGGCCGCGGCGCCACCAGCCCACCCACGCCGCGCGUCAUUGUGCCCCGUCGCUGCCGGUAGCCUCUGUAGAUGAGGAUGUCGGGGGGAAGGGCUGCUUCAGUUUUUUCAGAUUCGUCAUUGCGGCUUGCAGAUGCAACUCGGGCUGCUUCAGUUUUUUCAGAUGCAAUUCAGCGGCUCGCAGUUCGCUACCGCAAGCUGUGCAGGUGCUCGUGGGGUCUAAAGCAGUGCGCUCAGGGAUUUUUUUCACUUGUGUAGGAAAAAUGAAGGAAAUUAAAACAUCGCUCGCCGACAAGACAACAACCCCCGAGCAUCAUGCGCGUGCAGUUCCUUUUGUGUAUGCUUGCAAUGCAUUGUGUUUAUGUGUGCAGCCCACCCCAUCAUCAGUGAAUUUGUAUUGUCACACUUGUCGGUUUCACUUGUGGGGAGUAUUUGCAAUGCGGUGUGUAUAUGCGUGCAGUGCACUCCUGUAG